UUAAAAAGGAGGCUAAAGGUGAUUCGGAAAUGUGCUGUUGUUGUCACAGUCCCCGCUAGGCCACGAGCUGCGCAAGAAUCAAGAACACUCUCAUUAGCUACUGCUAGUUUUCGUGGACUCUUAAAAUGGCAGAGACAACGGGAGAAGUAGAUUUUGACGAUAUAGUUUGCAAAGGGAAAGAGCUUUGGACGGCUCUACGAAAUAAUCCUACGGAUAAACAACGAGUUCUGGAACUUCUUAGAAACGGAGCGAAACCGAACUUCAGAGAUCCCGAUAAUUCGCAGAUAAACUGGACACCCCUCCAUUUCGUUGUAAGUGACAAAGAGGGUGAUGUGGAGCUCAUCGACAUGCUAUUAGAACAUGGAGCUGAAACUAACUUUGGUGAUUCUUAUAAUUUGACGCCCCUACACUUGGCAGCUGAGAAGGGAUACCUGAAGACGGUGGAGAAACUUUUGACUAAUCCACACAGUAAAGCUGACCGUACCAAGCGAAGCAUUGCGGGAAAGGAAACAGCGCUUGAUAUUGUUGAGAGAAAAUUAAGAGAACCACUAGCUGACGUGGUUGAUAAAGAAGAAGAAGAAGCUAGGAGAAAAGAGCUAGAGAAAGUUGCAAGUUAUUUGCGAAAUUACCAAACUGCUGUUACUGUUAGUCACGGUGGCUCUUCUGACGUAACAAUCAUCCCGCAACAAGACCAUGUAAAUGGAGACUUGGUGGGGAUUUCUGACCGUGAUAACCACAUCAUGCUUUUUAUAAUCUCCAAAUUGGUCAUUUUGGUGUUAACUCUCACCUUUUCGAAGAUUUUCGUGAUCGGAGGAUCCAUUUGUUCAGAUCAUGAGUUCAGUCUAGAAUUUCCAAGCCGUCAGAGGUCUCAGUUAGCAUAUUCGACUGUCAGGAUAAACGGAGACAAAGACAUCGAUGCUUUCACGAUAUGCUUAUGGUUAAAACCGUCCACGCUGGGCUCGGAUCUUGGACUUCUACGUUAUUUUGAUGAAGCAGGGUCUAACGUAUAUUUUGCCUUAAGGUUGGGUGAUGUUGGGCAGCUAUGGAUUUCGAUCCAUGGUGAAGACAGAGAACUAGAUAUCAUGCCUCAAAUCCAGUACGGCGUAUGGCAUGGACUAUGUGUUACAUGGAACAAACAUGGCGGCCAUUUUAUGAUCUAUUACGACGGUCGGUUAAUUCGAAGUGAAAAUGGUUUAAAAUCCGGAAACUCAUUUCCCUCGAACGAGACCUUUACUUUAGGAAUCGGAGCGGAGGAAAAGUUUAAUUACACCGGCAUGGUAGGGCAUGUAAAUAUAUGGCCAAGCGUUUUGGAGCACUCUCUCCUCUCAGUUCUUUCUUCCAAGUGUGGGGUAGAACGUGGCGGACUUGUUUCUUGGCCUCAGUUCCGGAAGGAUCUUCGUGGUGUUGAUGUGCAUACGAAAGAAUCUUGUCCUUUUAAUGAGGUUCAGAUAACACACGAAGAGAAUCACUGGAAGUUGGACGGAGACGAUAAAGAUCUGAACCCGAAAUACAGCGCUGUAUUCUUGGAAGGUCGUCUUGAUGGCCACAAAGCUGUUUAUCUUGAUCAAACAAUGUCCUACAUUGAAGCCCCACGCCUGUCUCUUGGCACGGCAUUUUCAAUUACGUGUUGGGUAAAACUUUUGUAUUCCACCCCAGUCUACAGACCAAUUCUCAGUGUCGAAACAAACAGCACAGAGAAAUUUUCCAUCGGUUUCAAUGCUGAUAGUCAGCUAUUGCUCGACAAAUGGUCUCAGGGAGUGUACAACAUCACGAAAAGCUAUGCCUCUCUUCCAGCGAACCAGUGGAUCCACGUGGCUGUAACCUUCGCCCAAGAAGGGGUAUUGUCGUUCUUUUUCGACGGAAUGAAGAACCUGUCUGUGGCUGGUGUGUGGCAGGGUCCAAGAAGUGGAGCAUUCGAAAUAGGCAGAUACAAAAAUGUUAGUGAGGACAAGCAUCGACAUUUUCAUGGUUUUCUUAGUGAUCUCUAUGUAUUUUCGAAAAAUUUGACUGCGGAGGAAAUCGGACGAUUGAUGGGCCGUUCUUACCCUUGCACUCUCUCGGAGUGGAGUUCUGAUGCUAAAUUGACACCGCAUCAAACACCAAGGAAGAAAUAUCGUCACAAAUCUUGCCCAGGGAUUGGGGAAUGUAAAGAAGUACGAAAGUGGAAACCAGCUGAUUGUCGAGAAGUGCUGUUAUCGGGAUGUAAGACCAGUGCUAAGUACACGAUAAGCCCUUUAAACAACCACGAAGAAUUCGAAGUUUUCUGUGACCAGGAAACGCAAGGUGGUGGCUGGACAGUCAUUCAACAAAGAAUAAACGGGUCGGUGAGCUUCAAUAGAACAUGGGAUGAAUACAAAGCAGGUUUUGGAGUAAUGGGUGUCCAAUUAGAGAUGUGGCUGGGUAACGAAAGAAUUCAUAGCUUGACCACUCAGAAAACUGAAAUUUUGAUCGAAUUGACAGCGUUUGAUGGAACAAAAGGUUUUGCCUACUACAGCCAUUUUCACGUAGCUGGUGAGGAUCUUUGGUAUCAGCUAUCUGUUGGCGGUUUUUCAGGGAACAUUCCUGAUAAACUAGUAUUGCAUGAUACUUUUAACUUUUCUGUGACUAAAUGCGGAGCCGCCACUUCAUCUUCGGGUUGGUGGUUCACUCCUUCUUGUGGCGAGGCUUUGUUAAAUUCUGAGUAUGGUCACGACACUGGUUCUAUGAUGUGGAGUGAUUUUCCAGUUGCUGGUGCCCAUAAAGGCAAAAUCAAGAAGAGCACAAUGAAAAUAAGAAGGACAGAAGAUCAUUUUGAAGACUACACUCUGAAGUUCCCAGAAAGGAAGAGAACUUUAAGCAUCGUCACCUUUCCAGUCAUUUUAACUGAGUUCCAAUCGUUUACUUCAUGUCUCUGGUUAAAAGUGCGACCUCCAACUGUUCCAAGACAAAUGAAUCUGCUGCGAUAUGUAGUACAGGAUGGAAACUUUAGUAUGGGAUUAAAACCCUAUGGCAAGGAAUAUAAGAUUAUUUUGUCAAUUUGGCCAAGCACCCGUGGAUUUAAUAAACAAGUCAAAUAUCCUUCUUUGGAUGGAAGCUGGCGUCAUGUUUGCACAUCGUGGACUAACGUAGAUGGACGAGGUGCAAUUUAUAUAGACGAUACUCAAACGCCCUUCCUUGGCAUUGGUAACGGGACAAAGUUCACUGGCGGUGGAAAAGUUGUCAUUGGAAGUACUCAUGUAGUGGAACCGCCUCUGCUAGGAUUGGAGAUCACAUACAUGAAUUUGUGGGAUAAGGUUCUGUCGACUGUUAGCAUCGAAAAUCUCGCGCACUCUUGCGGCGCUGAAGCUGGCAACGUUUUACAAUGGAGUCUUUUCGCAGCCAUGUCGGUGGGAAAUGUACAGGUAGUUCCCUCUUCUGCGUGCAGAGCAAAAGAGAUGUAUUACUGGAACUUUAAUCAAUCAAAUUCUUUGGAAAGCUUUGACGGGAACAAAAAUCACCGCGCCGAAUUAACUGGAGGGAAAAUUUCACCUGGCCAAAAAUAUCUUGUUAUCGAAGAUCAAGGAAAGUUCCUGGCGGAGAAUUUGAGCUCAGAACUCAGUGGUGAAAAUGGAUUCACGGUUUCAUUUUCAGCCGGGCAGACAGUCUUAGCCUCAGAGAUACUUAGGAAUGACUUUAAAUCUCUUGAGGUGCUCCACAGAGCAUUUCCUGAUUUCAUUCGUGACCAUGCAACGUGGAAACGUUGUUACUUCGCUGACCAGUCAUCCUGGAGCACUGCAGAAUUUCAUACAAAGUGCGAUUAUAAGGGACCAACAUUAACUAUCGUACGUGUCCGAGAAUAUGUGUUUGGAGGCUUUGUUGAGAAUAGUUGGGGAGGAAAACCAUCAAACAUUGGACAUCAGAUCGAAGGAUUCCUGUUCAGUCUAUCAAACCCAUUUGACCUGGCCCCUCGAAUCCUGCCGAUCCAACAGGGCAAGGCGUCCGGAAGAACAAACCCACACCUUGGUCCAAGCUUUGGAGAAAGGGAUCUUGAGCUCUUCGAAGAUAAGCAUGGCCGAAUCAUGGGAUACAGCAGACUGGGGGCUUCUUUUGAUCUGAUGAGUGUUUCAUUGUCUUCCUAUGAAGCUUGGUUUUACUUAGCGGGCUCUCAGCAUUUUUAUCCAGACCAAGUGGAAGUUUUUUAUUACCAUGUUCCAUCUACGCCACUAGGUCUAGAGAAUCAAAUAUUACCCGACAACUACCUGAGUAACUCGUCACAACUCAAUAGCAGCAGUGGUCCUCAUCUUGCUCGCCUAAACGAACAACGUGACUCAAAGGCGUGGUGUUCAGCCGGCCCUAAUGAAUGGCUGCAGGUGUUCUUAGGUAAACAGUACACUUUGACGCACAUGGCACUGCAAUCGAUUGGUGGAGGCGUGGACGUAACGGAAUUGAAAGUUCAAUACGAAAAGACUAGGGAUGGAAUCAAAUGGAAAUAUUAUAGCAAGGAGAUUGAUGGGAAAGAAAUGCUGAAGGUUCUUCGCUUCAAUUUUCCAUCAGCUGGUUUUGUUAAGAAGGAAGCGUUCAUUCCACCUUUUCAAGCCGUCAAGGUCCGAUUCCUUCUAACUGAAACACGAGUACAGUGUAUAAAGAUGGAACUAUAUUUCUAUGAUGCAGGUUGUUCUCAGCCUCAUGGAAUUGAAAAUCGGACGGUGGUUCCAGAUGAGAAACUAACAGCAUCCUCAACCGAAGUUUCUGAUGAAUACAAGCAAGGAUACUUUUGGCCAAACAUAGGUCGGCUAAACCAUGACAAGGAAGGCGCACAUUCUUGGGGACCUUAUAAGCAUCCAGUCCAUUUGUUCAAGGGAAUCUGGUUUCAGGUCGAUUUAAAGGAAGAAACAGAAGUAACGUGUAUUGCAACCCAAGGAAGGCCAACUAACAUUCAAUGGCCGACGAAAUAUCAACUUGCUUACAGUUCUGAAGGAAAUGACUGGAAGUAUUUUGAAGACAUCAAUGGAGUCAAGAAAUUUGAUGCAAAUUCAGAUCAACACAUGGCAGUUACAAACUGGUUAGUUCCAUCCAUAUAUGGAAGGUUUUUCCGAGUCUAUAUCACUCGGUGCAAUAUUGCCUGCAGAUUGCGGAUGGAAUUGUAUGGAAGAAGAGAUCCAACAAAUAAUAUCUACUGGUCUAAGAAUGGUCUUAGUUUCACCGUUCGACGUGGUCGAUACCACAUUUUCUUUGCCAAAGAAAACCAUCGGUGGGAAAUUCGCCAUCCAUUGAUCGUGAACCAAUGGUUUGAGGCCACCAUUGCCUGGAAACUCCAAGACGGUCUAAAAUUUUAUGUCAACGGCAAUUUGGUAGCAUCAGAUAAGAUUCCAGUGCGACGGAACUUCUUCCCUGCUAAGGAACCGUUCAAGCUUCUAAUUGCUUCAAUGGAGAAUGGAGGCGGGUGGAGCAGAGCGAUUUCCAUCGAUGAUGUCGCGGUUUGGGGAAAAGCGAUGAGCAAAGAGGAGAUUAAUCGCAAGUCUGAAGUUCAUUUCGACUUUGACGAUAACUCCAGAGAUUGGGAAUCCCUAGUAGAUGGUACCAAUGGCUGGACACUACUUCAAGGAUGUACGAAAACGUCGGGUACCGGACCAUGCGACGAUGUUUCCAGAGGAGGACGCUAUAUCUACUUUGAUGCCGCGCAAUCUAAAGAAAAAGCCAGGUUCUCCACUCCCUCCAGUAUUCACUCUUACAAUUGUCUGAAAUUUCACUAUCAUAUGGCUGGUACGCACACGGGAAGGCUAAAUGUUUAUGCGACAGAUAUCAGGGGUAAGGAACAACUACUUUGGCGGCUCUUUGGAGAACAGAAAAAUACAUGGAGAAAGGCCAGUAUUCCAGUCAACGAUAUUCACCCACAAUAUCAGGUGGUUUUUGAAGCAGUUCGUGGUCCAGGUUACCUAGGAGAUAUAGCCUUAGAUCAGAUAGCGUUUACUAGAGAAUCGUGUGUCUUCUCGCCUUCCUCAGCUAUGCCCCAUAAUUCUCAUCGCUCAGGAGUGGUUAUCACCUCUUCUAUAGUUUCGAUGGACUCUAUUUACCAUAAUUAUCUUGGUUUAAUGAUGGAAGAAGAAGUUUAUAGCUCUUCCCGUUGGAUUUCGUGUUAUCGCGCCCUCGAUAAUGGCUGGAACGUUUCUACCUUUCACAACCUCUGUGACGAUAAAGGUCCUACCCUGACCAUAAUCAGGAAAGAAAAUAAUGUAUUUGGGGGAUUUACUGAACGAAACUGGAGUGAAGGCCAGGUGGGUGACAACUCCAGUUACGAUCUCCAGUUUUGGCGCAAAAACUCCGCGGACAUUGUCAAAUCUGUUUUACCAACACUGACUCCAAACUCAAGUUUUACAGCCUCCUUGUGGCUUAAAACCUCAGUUAAGUCAACUCUAAUAGUAUUCUCCAUUGGUCAAAUAGACAGCUUCUUGCAAUUACGACUGGAACCCGCUGGCUGGUUGUCUCUCUGUUCAAAGGAUAAAUGCAACACUAACAAUGGCAGUAUCUCUCAGGUGAUCAACGAUGGUUGUUGGCAUCAUGUCACGGUUGUGUGGCACAGCAGUUCAAAAUCGUGGACUGUAUUCUCAGACGGCGUGAACCGAGGAAAACAAACCGAAGAAAAGUGGCAGAAAUCCACCUUUUCCCUUUCGGGUACUCUUUUUAUCGGGAAGGAGCAGAUCCAAGGUUCAUCUAGAUUUUUUUCUGGCAGAAUUACUCAGUUUAACAUGUGGAACCAUGAGUUGGAGGAAAAAGAUAUUACAGUGUUAGCGCGCAAUUGUGUAAGUGGACAGGGUAAUAUGUUCCAUUGGAGCAACCUUAGAAGUAAAGUCGAGGGAGAGCUGAGGAUUGUGGAGCCGUCUUCUUGUUUAUCCACCAAUUACAGAGCGGACACCAAAGCGUUCAUCUUCUCAUUAAAUUACACAUCUGAUGGGACCCUCUUCAAAAAAGAAAUAAGCAAAGAAUCAUCAGCCUUGGCGACCUACAGCUCACCGUACACUGGUCCGACGUUCGGGGAGUCUCCGUUUGAUUUUCAAAUAGGAAUCGAUGGCGACCUGAAGCGAGGGACGAGUCAACACUCCGUUUCUUAUAAAGAAGAGGAAGACUCUAGUAAAUCCAACCUGGAAACUGUGCUUGCCGGAGCGUCGAGCUUUAACGUUAACGAUGUGGAGGUGCUAUAUAGAGCUCAGGGAGCUUCCCUGUGCUCUAACCGUUGUCCAUUUUACCAUUAUUGUGACGAGAUAACAGGCAUUUGCAGAUGCAGAAACAAGAAUCCUGCAUUGUGUCAACUCGUAAAGUUUUAUGAGGACUCUUCGCAUUUUUGGUUACUGGAAUCAAUGGACGAUAUCAAAGAUCUCCGCACCCCUGGCUGGGGGCAAAGUAAGGGAGGGGUGAGUUCCUUUGGAGAUGGCUUGGUGACAGAUGGUGUCAACGGUGAGGUAAUAUUGAACCACGAGGGGGACACAUGUGCGACGAAAUCUGCUGAGGCCCAUUGUGACGACUCUGGUUUCACCGUAUCGUUGUCACUAAAGCCUUCGUACAAAGCCGGCGGUGAACGGCAGACUUUUUUCAAAUCCCGCGGCAAGUUUGUUGUUUACCAGGAAAGACAGAAAAAAUCCUUAAUUAUCCGUGUGCGACGCAGUGCUAAGUACUGUCUGAAAGAAAUAGCGAUGCCUGAAAAAAUCUGGUCUCAUUUGGCUUUCACGUACCAACCAUCUCAGCCAAGAACACUCACAGUUUAUAGAAACGGAAGAAAAAUCGACAAAUUUAUCAGAGAUGAAGGUUGUGAAGUGGACGGGGAACCAGAAUUUUCGUCUACCAGUAUGUCAUUGGGCUCUGAAGGAGGAUUGUUCGCUAAAGCUCAUUAUUAUCUCAUUGCCAUUUGGGGACAGGUUUUGUCUGAAGAAAGAAUAACGCAGAUAUAUCGCGGCAUCCAAGGUUCGGUUCCCUUACGUUGCCGAGUUGUGGCUCGAAUAAAAAAUCAGCUUUGGAAUGAAGAUCUUACUUCACCAGAAACGGAUCCAUACAGAGCAAUGACAAAUGAGAUAAUAAGCAAUGUCACCAGGUUUUAUGAGGGAAUCCGAGUUACUGUUACCGUGAAUGAGUUUAGGAACGGAAGCGUGAUUGCAGAUUUCACUAUCAUUUACAACGUUAGCGACUACAAAUUGAUUGAAAGACUUCAACAGAACAUAUCAUCCACGGGUUUUCUAUACAACAUGCCUCUAGAGGUGGAAGAAUUUACAGCUGAAAAUGUUCCAGAAGUUGCUCCCACAAAUAUAAGUGUGCUUCGUGUGGAAGAUACAAGCAUUCAUAUCAGAUGGAACAGUCUCAGCCUUCCGCCGAGUAUUUCCGCCAUAUUCCAGGGCUAUAAGGUUUUCAUUAGAUCAGUGGGAAGGGCAGACGUCAUAGUUACCACGGUGACCGUAAAUGACCUCGUUAACUUCGUCACUAUAAAAGGACUGGAAUCAUUGGUAACGUAUAACCUGACUGUGGCUGGAUACACACUAAGUGGAGUUGGAAGGGAAAGCGAGAGCUUCUCUGUAACCACCCCUUUAGAUGAUCCGCCUGAAGAUAUAUCAGUAGAACGGGUGACGUCAAAUUGCGUUCAAAUCAAGUGGGGUGGCCUUCCACCAGAGAAACUUGCUGCAUUUGAUGGCUAUCGUGUGUUCUACGCCUUGUUCAGCCACCCCACUUUUUCUUUGAACACGACAGUGAAUUCAUCGACUCAUCGGGUGGAGAUCUGUAGUCUUGAAUCGUCCAUGAAGUAUAAGUUUUAUGUACAGCGUAUCCUUCGAAAAGAUGUGGGAAACGCGAGUGAUGUUAAAUACUUCACGACAGAGAUAGUAAUGCGCUUAGCACCGACCAAUGUGACAUGCCGCAAUACCAGUUCCACUAGUAUCGAAGUUCAUUGGGCACCACCGUCUGUCGAAGUCAACAGCUUGGAAAUCAUUGGUUAUGACUUACAUUUCAGGCCCCAUGGCCUUGCAACUGAGCUGUGGAGCACUUUGCUUGCAUGCAACAGAACUUUGAGUGCUACCAUAAAAUCCCUGGAGAAAUACACGGAAUACGACAUCAGGGUGACUAUCUUCAUUACAAAUGGCCGUGGAAAUUUCAGCGAAAUUGUAAGGUGUUUUACGGAUGAGGACA